AUGGCGAGGUUUCUCCGCCAAUCUGCGCAGCUCGCGCGCGCUGUAAGGAUCGCGCAGCAGCCGGUAACACGUAUGCGCUUCCAGCCGUCUAGAAUAGCACGACUUGGCCCUCAAGCUCCGUUAGCUUGCUAUCGAUCGCGGUUCUAUUCGACAAACGGCCCCCAACCUCCAAAGAACGAAAAGGAACCAAACGAGAAGGAAACCGAAAAGAAGGAAGAUGCCGCCGGGGCGAAGCUUUCCAAGGAGGAGCAAAUACGGAAAGAAUGGCCUCUACCCGAAGGAUGGGUGUACCUCAACCAGGAAGAGCUUGAUAUGUUGCUCAAGAUGGGUCAGAACGAUAGACUACCCCGGUUCCAGAAGGACUUCUUCAUCAAGAGCGUGGAAGAGAUGAAGCUGUUGGGAGCUCCCAAGGAACUAAGGGAUCUCCUGGCGACGCUGAAGGAGCGGAAGCUGAAGAUGACGGUCACCGAUAUCGCCAAGAUCCUCCGUGUCUCGACGCAGGUCGCAAAGAGAUUCUCCGACUACGAGGCGACUGUAUACAUGCGCGAGGAGCAGGAACCGAAAAAGGAGAAGGAGGAUGACGCCAAGGACUCCCAGCAGAGCAAGCAGCAGAAGGAUGGGCGCAACUCUAACUCGGAGAAUAACGAGGGCGCACCGGGCGGUGGAUUGGGCGGUAAGAGAUGGAUCUUUGGCAUGCUCAGCACCGGCGAUCUGAUUGUUGCCGCCAUCGUUUGGAUCGUGGUUCUGCCCUUCUUCGAGUCCAUGAUCUUCGGCCAGGAGAAGGAGAUUACAUGGCAAGAGCUGCGGAAGAACUUCCUGGACAAGGGACUGGUCAACAAGCUUGUGGUCAUCAAGAAUCCCGGCCGCGUACGCGUUGAGCUAAACAGGGAUGGAGUGCAGUCGGUGUACGGCGGAAACGAGGGUGUCAACCCCAACAUGCAGUACUACUUCUCCAUUGGUUCAGUAGAGAUGUUCGAGAAGCAACUCGAGGACGCCCAGAACGAACUCGGCAUCCCGACCUCGGAGCGCAUUCCCGUCAGCUAUGCCAGCGAGGGUGGCAUCAUGCCUUUGGUCUACGCCUUCGGCCCCACACUGCUUCUGGUUGGUCUGCUCUACUAUACCACAAAGUCGAUGGGUGGACGUGGCGGCAACCAGAUGUUCGGAUUCGGUAAAAGUAAGGCCAAGAAGUUCAACCACGAGACGGCAAUCAAGGUCAAGUUCAGCGACGUUGCCGGCAUGGACGAGGCCAAGACGGAGAUUAUGGAGUUCGUCAGCUUCCUGAAGACCCCCGAGCGCUUCGAGAGGUUAGGCGCAAAGAUCCCUCGUGGUGCUAUCCUGGCCGGACCUCCAGGAACCGGUAAGACCCUGCUUGCCAAGGCCACCGCCGGCGAGUCUGGUGUGCCCUUUUUCAGCGUCAGCGGUUCCGAGUUCGUUGAGAUGUUUGUGGGUGUCGGUCCUUCAAGAGUGCGAGACUUGUUUGCAAAUGCUCGUAAGAGUGCCCCCUGCAUCAUUUUCAUUGACGAAAUCGAUGCCAUCGGUCGGUCGAGACAGGAGGGUAACCGCAUGGGCGGCAAUGACGAGCGCGAGGCCACUCUGAACCAGAUCCUGACCGAGAUGGACGGUUUCAACACCCAAGAGCAGGUGGUUGUGCUCGCUGGCACCAACAGAGCCGACAUCCUCGACAAGGCACUGAUGCGUCCCGGUCGCUUCGACAGGCACAUCUUCAUUGACCGCCCGACCAUGAAGGGUCGUCAGGACAUCUUCAAGGUGCACCUGGCCAAGAUUGUCACCAAGGAAGACAUGGACCACCUCAUGGGCCGUUUGGCGACGCUGACUCCGGGCUUCUCCGGUGCUGACAUUGCCAACGCCGUUAACGAGGCUGCCCUGGUUGCUGCGCGUGCCAAUGCUGAGUCAGUGGAGAUGAUUCACUUCGAGCAGGCUAUCGAGCGUGUCAUUGGGGGUCUUGAACGCAAGUCUCUCGUGCUCAACCCUGAGGAGAAGAAGACGGUGGCCUACCACGAGGCUGGCCACGCCAUCUGUGGCUGGUACUUUAAACACGCCGAUCCCCUUCUCAAGGUUUCCAUUAUCCCCCGUGGCCAGGGUGCAUUGGGCUACGCCCAGUACCUGCCCCAGGGAGAUGCGUAUCUCAUGACUGUCCAACAGCUGAUGGACCGCAUGGCCAUGACGCUGGGAGGACGUAUCUCGGAGGAGCUUCACUUCCCCACCGUCACGACGGGCGCUAGUGACGACUUCCGCAAGGUCACCCAUAUGGCCCGCAAGAUGGUCACCCAGUGGGGCAUGUCGGAGAAGGUCGGCCCUCUACACUUUGACGACGACCCGAACACGUUGCAGAAACCUUUUGCCGAGGCCACGGCGCAGGCCAUCGACGCCGAGGUGCACCGGAUCGUAGAGGAGGCCUACAAGCAGUGCAGGGACCUCCUGAAGGAGAAGAAGCGCGAGGUCGGCAUCGUCGCGGAGGAGCUCUUGAAGAAGGAGAUGCUGACUCGCGACGACCUGGUGCGCCUGCUUGGGCCCAGACCGUUUGGCGAUAACCAGGAAUUUGAAAAGUACUUUGGCGGCCAGGGGCAGAAGAGCGCGCCGCCGCCGUUCCCCACAGAGGAGCUGGAUAGUCCACCCGAGCAGCCGCCCGUCGGCCCUUCGCCGACGUUCAAGAGCCUUGAAGAUGCGCCGAGGACAUGA